GCAACAGCAACCAGAACCACACAGGAGCAAGCCUACAACAAGCUUCAAGUAGGAGACCAGCUGCAAGUGGAGCAAAAGAAGGCUAAAAAUACUACACUAGGCUCGUCAAAGACCCCCUAUUGUACUUCCGGUGCGUUAGUCUUCACUGGAGCAAAAGCCUCCUCUGCGCCUCCUGAUUCAGAACCGAGACAAAACCCGAAUGCUGACGGUAAAGGGGCGAGCAGCAAUACACUUCAUCCGUCGUGGCAGAUGCCGCUACUAAAUGAGCCAUAUGAUCAUGAUCAACUCCACGGCCGCCGGGAACAAGAAGAUGAUGAGGCGCGAGAUGUAGAGCAGGUGGGAGUUGCGCUGUGGGAAGAGCCACGUCGUUCUGACAUCUCACAAAGAGAUAGAAAGUGGCCUGAAAAAUCGCCGUGCACACAACCAGAUGAGACAACAAAAAAUAGUGCACCAGUAGAACAACGAGGAGAGCGACAUAAGAUUAAGAGGCCGUGCUUGUCCAACCUGAUCAUUCAAGGCACAAAAAGAGGCCUCGCAGCAGGAGGACUACUACAAUCAAACAAAAGUGACGCUGUCGGGGAACAAAAAUUGCCACCGCUGCGAGGAAGUGUAUUACUUGUUCAGGGCCAU